CCCCGCCACUGCAGCAUUCGCCUACUGCAGCUCCAGCCGCCGCCCGCGCAUCUCCAGCCUCCUCCACCCCGCCACCGCCAGCACCAUGGCCAGCACUUUGUCCGCCUACAAGGAGAAGAUGAAGGAGCUGUCGGUGCUGUCGCUCAUCUGCUCCUGCUUCUACUCACAGCCGCACCCCAACACCAUCUACCAGUAUGGGGACAUGGAGGUGAAGCAGCUGGACAAGAGGGCCUCUGGCCAGAGCUUUGAGGUCAUCCUCAAGUCCCCUUCCGACCUGUCCCCAGAGAGCCCUGUGCUCUUCCCCCCCAAGAGGAAGGACACCUCCCUGGAGGAGCUGCAGAAGCGGCUGGAGGCAGCUGAGGAGCGGAGGAAGACGCAGGAGGCGCAGGUACUGAAGCAGCUGGCGGAGCGACGCGAGCACGAGCGCGAGGUGCUGCACAAGGCGCUGGAGGAGAACAACAAUUUCAGCCGCCUGGCGGAGGAGAAGCUCAACUACAAGAUGGAACUCAGCAAGGAGAUCCGCGAGGCGCACCUGGCGGCGCUGCGCGAGCGGCUGCGCGAGAAGGAGUUGCACGCCGCGGAGGUGCGCAGGAACAAGGAGCAGCGCGAGGAGAUGUCCGGCUAAGGGGCUUCCGGACAGCGCGGCGCCUGGACCCUGAGACGAGACAAGAACACAGUCGGGUUUUGGUUUCGUUUUGUUCAACUUUCUCUAGAUGCAGCUCUGUUCCGCUUCUCCCUCUCCUCCAGCACUCCCGGCUUCAGCUUCUUUUUCCGCACUCUGAGCUGCCCAGUCCUUGUGGCAAGUCUGUGACUCUCCCUGGAGGAGCCACCAGGGUGUGGCUCGCGGUCCCUCAGUCCCCGGGCUGGGUGGUGGCGGGGUCCCCUCUUGGUAGCCCUCUUAGUGGACCUGGUGGGACCUCAAUAAAUCCAGCAAUGGUGACAGGAA